AUGUACCAUGCCAUCCCACCAGACCAAUUCCUCGCCAGAUUUCACCAUCUGUGGACUUCUUGCCGUUCCGUGAUCCACAGGACGCGCCGUCGUGAUGGGUUUCCCUCGCGAGUAGGCAUCGCCGUCAGCGGGGGCAUGGACUCGAUGGCCCUCACCCAUCUCUGUCAACAGGCAGGGCUGGACGUCACUGCCUUUGUAGUGGAUCAUCAGGCGAGAGAAGAGAGUGCCCGUGAAGCACGCACAGUCGCUUCAUGGUUGGAGAAUAUGAGGGUUAAAACGCAUGUGUUACGAUUAAACUGGUCUGCCAACGUGUCGGCGUUUGAAACGCAGGCCCGUCGUCUGCGCUUCCAGGCUCUUGGGAGAGCGUGUCACGAACACGAUCUCGAUACCCUCCUACUAGGCCAUCACCGGGACGACGCGGUCGAGACAACACUGUGGCGACUUGCAUGCGGUGCCAAGGGCGCCGGACUGGCGGGCAUUGCGCCCGUGGCGAAGAUUCCAGAGUGUCAUGGCUUGUACGGGGUUUCGGAGAGUGGGCUGCAAACCAAGUGGGAGAGCCCGGUGACGACCGAGAGCUCAGCGAUGACCGGCAAGACCAGCGAUGGAGUGGUUUCAUCCGGGGGGAUUCUUCUCGUGCGUCCCCUGCUCGAAUUUCCCAAGGCACAGUUACAAGCGACCUGCGCGUCCAACGGGAUCCCCUUCGUCACGGACGCGACCAACUUCGACACCAGUCUCACGCCGCGCAACGCGAUCCGCAGUCUUCUCGUCCACGGCGGCAGACGGCUCCCCCGCGCGCUCCGCACGGAUUCCAUCCUCUCGCUGAUCGCCUCGAGCAGGGACCGGCUAUACGAAGCAGAUCGCAAAUCAGAUCAUCUGCUCUCCCUCUUCCACCUGGAGACCUUUGAUCCUCGCACAGGUCUGCUCCGUGUUCAGUUCCCACGCACACAGACACAGACGGAAACCCAGGUGGCAUCGCUCACCCUCCGUCGCGUGGCAGAGCUGGUCUCGCCCUUCCCGGAUAACCACUUUCCCCUCCGCAGCUAUGGACAGUUUGUCGGGGACGUUUUCAACCACAGUGAAACAGACUCGACUACGAAGAAGAAAAAGAAGAAGAAGACCGCCUUCACCGUCGGCGGGGUCAUGUUCACACCCGGCCAUGGAGAAAGGGAAUGGCUUCUCUCCCGCCAACCCUUCUGGCGACAUCGCUCGCCAGUCACGCAUAUCGAUGGCAGUAGCACCCCGGGAGGGACAGACUUCUCCCCCUGGACGCUAUGGGAUAACCGGUUCUGGAUACGAAUCAGCAGUACCAGUCCUUCAUCAAAAGUAUCUGACCUGCUUAUUCGGCCCCUUUGGGCAUCUGAUCUCUCUGCAAAAGAAUCAAGCCCGGAUACUACUACUACCCUCCGCAAGCUCCUUGCAAGCCACGCGCCGGGUCCCAUCCGCUUCACUCUCCCUGUGCUUGCUUGCGCGUCUACGGGAGAGCCGCUUGCGUUGCCUACGCUCGGGUCCACUUUCUCUGGCUGUCCGGAUACUUUACGUUGGGAAUGGAUGUUUAAAAGUGUGGAUGUCGAUGCUCUACACAGUAUGUAG